AUGGCGAUCGUGAGCGGUGCCUCUGCGGCUGAUCUGCGCCACAUGGCCCCUACCGACGACCAGUUGUCGGCGCUACCGAUGCAGAGAGGUGCACUCCUUUCUCGCCGCAUCAGUUCCAGCGCAUCACUCGGCCGUUCCGAUGGCGCCGUGCUCGGCACUGGCGCUCUCACCCGCGAGAACCUCGCCGCCCUUCCGAACGGCUCUUACACCCUGCCGGGUCGACUGCGGUCGCAUACGCUGGCGCAUGCACACACGAACAACGAGUUCGCAGGCCGGCCCGCACUGGCUCGCGUCGCUACCAUGGACAGCUGCCGAGCGUCCAUCCUGACCGACAGCACCGAGUUCAGCACAUCCAGCACCGUCAACCGCGGCUACGCCGCCCGUAUCGACGUCAAUGGCAAGGUCAAGCCGCUCUCCUCGGCGCCAGCGCGCCAUGCGUGCCAGACAAUCGCCUUCCUCGAAGGCCCCACCGACUCGCUCGACUACAAGACCUACCGUCCCGGCGACGAGAUCAAGGGUGCCGUCCAUCUCCUCCGCAACGAUCCCGAGCGCGGCUACAUCACCGGCAUCAAAGCCCGCAUCCGCGGCGACCUCGAGACCAGCGUCUUUGGCGUCGGCGACUCGAGCUACUACUCGAUGGACAACGAGCACGGCAUUGCUCGACGCCAGCUUCUCUUCUUCUCCGAACAAAAGACCCUCGCUACCAAGGCCGACCUGGAGUCCGGCUCCUUUGAGCUCGAAUCCACCGGCCUCGUCGACCAUGGCCGCCGCAACAAUCUCGCGGUCCCAUUCAGCUUCGUCCUGCCCCUCAAACUGCACGCAUCGGCACUCGACAUGCUCGACAGCAAGCUCAAAAAGUCGUUCAAGCGCGGAAAGCAGUACAUCGACCUCCCGCCCUCGAUCGACAUGGAAACCCGCUAUGCGCCGCCCAGGCCCAACCAGCUCUUUGGCCACGUCAAGGAGAAGCUCCACGGUCAGAAGCUGCGACCCAUGGCAAAGAUCAAGUACGAAAUUGACAUCAUCGUCAGCAGACAGCGCUUUGGCUCGGUACUGCUGCCACACAAGCGAGGUGAGCGCAUCAUUCUGGCGUUUGCCGUCGAGCCCUACCCGCCACGCACCGCCGGCCUGGCCGUGCCGACGCUCGAGCCCAUACGCGCACGAAGGGUCGCAUCGCGCGACAACCGCUCGCCGUCCACCGAGCGUGUCGCCGCCCCCGACGCCGCCUCUGUCCACUCGGCAGAUGGCGAGGGCGAGGACGCCAUCGACGAAGACUCGUGGGCACCCGACCUCGGCGGCUUCCGACGAACCCAGGAGGUGUUCGGCGCGCUGCCUCUCGAAGACGCGCCUGCCUUUGCGCCUAGCUCCAUCGCCCGCCCUGCGUCAGUGCGACCAGGCUUGCCGCCACUGCGACGCAAGAGCUAUAUCAAUGUCAAGGAGGGCGUCGAUGGCCGCAUGAAGGGUUGGCUGACGCACUCGCUCGAAAGCAUGCUGCCGGACGGCAUGGGCUCGUUCGAGGCCAUCCUCUCGGUGCCCGCCAUGGCCGCGCUCUACAUGGAGACCAAGAUCCCCUUCAGCCUCGAGCUGCGUAUGCCCGCGCAUCUCGUCGACACGUACGUGCCAGACGUCGAGCUCGGCCUGGUCCGCUCCGUCAUGACCUACUCGCGCCUGGGCACGCUCGUGAUCGAGAAGGAGGAUCCGGACAAGCUCGCUGGCUUCAGCGGCCCGCACUCGUGGUCGGAGCGCAUCCGUCUCGUCAAUAUGGAGCGCCAGACCGACAACCAUCUGCCGCCCUUCUACGAGCAGGGCAAGGCGCGUCAGUUCUACACGGGCAACUUUGCCAUCGGCCGGUACGAAAAGAUGAUCAAGGCCGGCUCGUCGGCGCCGCUCAAGCAGAAGCUCAUCCGGGCACCGGAACUGCGCCUCGUCGUGCCCAGCUUCUCAUUCAAGGCGCUGCGUGUCGAGUACCGCCUGCGCGUCAAGAUCUCCCUCCCGGGCGCGACCGAGGCGUUCGCGUCGACCUCGGCUAAGCCGGGGGCUGCCGCAGACAGCUUGGUCAUGGAGACACCGCCGGUGCACGUGGCUGCCAACCCGGACACGGUCGACUUUACGCGUCAGAACGCCGCCGAGGCGCUCGACGACGACGCUCUGUCGACCGUCGACGUGCUUGACGAAGACGAAGAGCGUCUGGUCGAGGCGUCGGCUUCUCGCAUCAUGCGGUCCGCGGUGGCGGCGCAGUUUACUUCCUCGGCGGCCACCGCCAUGGACGAAGACGACGAAGCCGACGAGGACGCUGAUGACUCGGCUCAGGCCACGCCUUUGGCGCGCACUCCGCUGCGACGCUCGCUGGACAUGACCAUGCUCGCCAACUCUGGCGAUGUGGCUGCUCGCGGGCAAGAACUCGCUUCAUCCGCCGCGUCAAUCUCGAGCGACUCGGCGUCGUCGGUUCUCGAAGUGCCCUCGCUCGACCCCAUCCCGGACGAGGCAGACGUCGACGAGGAGGACGAGCUGACCGAACAUCUCGCCCUCGGCCUCAUUGACCGCGAGCACGCCGCCGCCGCCGCCGCCCAGUCGCGCCGCAGGGCAACCAUCUCCCAGUCGCACCGCGACACCAACUCCCUUCCCAGCUAUUCGGACAGCAUCGGCAUCCUCGGUUGA